AUCUUCAUACUCAUUUUCUCGGGAAUGAUUAAGUAAGAACCAUUGAAAGUUUUAUUUUUCCUUUGAAACAAGUAGACGAUGGCUCUGGAAAUUGCUUACUGCAGGCUUGUAUUGAAGCGACCCAAACUCUUAUUUGCUUUAACCCUAGGUUGUCACAUCAUGGCUAUCUUAUUCACUGGUCUUCUAAACUUUUCUGGUUACGACAUCUUGCCCGUUGACUUCGCGCAACUUCCAAUGCAGCUUGAAAGCGAAGAUGUCAAACUUCAAGGAGACGCGUGGAAGUUUGCUGCAAGUGACUCCAGAAUGACAUGGAUUUUCAAAAACCCAAAUGACAAGCAAGGAAUAAGGGCGGCAAGGCAUGAAGUACUGGAAGUGUUCUAUGAGAAUAAAAAUGGCAACAACAUUUUUACCAAGGAAGCUCUAGAAACUAUUCAGGUUUUCGAAAGAAAGCUCUAUAAUAAUUCAAUAUAUCAAAAGGAAUUGUGUUUAAUGGAUGAAAAUAAGCGGUGCUCGCUUCCCUUUUCGGUGAUACGGUUUUUUGACGGUACCUAUCGACAUUUCAAUCCGAUUUUCUUUGAUCCGCAAUUUCAGCAAAUUCCGCAAGUUCUUAAAGCAGCCAACGUGUUGAUGACAUCCUCGAUGAGCUACCAUCUUGGGAAGGACUUCAAGAACAGCUCCAAUGAAUUAACUUCUCCAAUCACUAGGUCAAUCUUUUUUACAGGAUUCCCCUUUGAGGGAUACGCUGACACCCAUGAUAGACCCAUGGACCAACUAGACAAGGCCCAGACACUUGCUGGGGAUGCAUUUGGUCUCAUCUUGGAUGAUGCAUACACAAAUGGAGUUGGUCCUCUCAAGAUUCACUACCUCAUGCAGACGCUGAUGAUGAGUUCGGUUCAAAAGCAAGUUAUCUGGGACUUACUUCUCGUCUGUGGAAGUGUCGUUUUCAUAUUCCUCUUCAUGAUCUUACAAACGCAGUCGCUCUGGAUAACUGGUUGGGGCGUGUUCAGUAUUUUUUCUUCAUUCUUCGGAGCUAACAUCGUUUACCGUAUCCUCUUAGACUUUCGCUAUGUCGGGAUCUUUCACGUUCUCUCGGUGUUCAUCAUCUUGGGUAUCGGAGCUGAUGACGUUUUUGUCUUUUAUGACACUUGGAGAGCAUCCAAGGAAAAAGGAUUCCCAAACCUUCUUCAGCGCUUCUCGUACACAUACAAGCACGCCGCUGGUGCUAUGUUCAUCACAUCCUUCACCACAUUCGUCGCAUUUUUGACCAACGUUUUYYCUCCGUUACUCGCUGUGUCGAGCUUUGGUGUCUUCUCGGCACUCAUAGUCAUGGUGAACUAUGUUUCUGUCAUUCUAUUCUUUCCAACUGUUAUCAUCACUUAUGAACUCUACUGGAAAGACUGGAAGUGGCCAUGCUUCGCAUGUAGGACCAACAGAGUGAGCAACAGUGAUGAAAAUAAGGAAACCGAGCUUGUCCAACAGCAAGAUAAGGAGAAACGAAGAGAUGCUACACUUGUUAUCGCUAACUUUAUAGGGGGGCCUUUUUACGAAAAGGUUAUUGGUCAUAAAGUGGUGCGAUGGAUUCUGAUGGUCAUAACGAUCUCUUUUGUCGUUGUAUCGAUUGUAUUCGCGGUACAACUUCAACCAGACGAUGAGCAGAUUGAUAUCAUGGGACCUGGAACCAACUGGUACGAUGUCAAGCGGCUUCGAGAGAAUGCAUUUAAUCCCAGUGAGGAAGACAAGUUUGUAAAAGUGUAUGUUGCUUGGGGACUGCAAAACCAAGACCGUUCUUCCUGUCAUUUUACAGAUUACAAGUGUCCGGGGAAGACCGUAUUGGAUAAUGGGUUUGAUUUCAGUCCACCGCCCUGUCAGAUUGCUUUGCUGGCUUUUUGUAAGAACUUUAGCAGCUUACAGAGCUCAAAAGUGGAAGAGCUCAAAAUCCGUCGUCACCCAGUUACCAACCAACCAGUUGUUCAUUGUUUCGCCGAAGCAAUGGAUGCCUUUUUACAGCAAGAAGAAAAGAAGAUUCAGUAUCCAAACAGAACAGACUUAACCAUGCCGAUAAACCACGAUAAAGCGCUAACCCUCAUGAAGUACAACCCUCUUCUCUAUGACCUAACCAAGGUUACAGAUGAAUACUACAGGUACUUUGAAGUAGCUGUGGCCAAUUGGAUUACACGUGGAAACACGUCUUAUAACAACACUGAUUACAAAAACUACGAAGGAAUGAUUGGAGGUACAGUGGACACCACUUCACAUCACAGUAAUGUUUUUCAAGGUGGCAAAUAUGGCAACCAGCUGCUUUACGCUGCAGUUGUCAUAGAAACGAAGCUGACACCGAAUUCACUUGGUUACGUAGAAGGGAUCAAAGUCGUCAAAGCAUGGGACGACUACAUAAAACAAGAGAUGAAGUUAUUUCCACCUUCUUGUCGUAAUGCUUUUCAAGCCACUCCUGAGACAUUCAACGCCUGGCACUGGAUCAAAGUACAAGAGGUUCUUGUCAUCAACGCCAUUCGAGGUGUUUGCCUUGGCCUUGCACUUACAUUACCAAUCCUCAUUGUCAUGACAACCAACUGGAUCGUCGCUCUCCUAUGCAUGUUAUCCAUCGCUUGCAUCACUUUGGGAGUCAUAGGCAUCAUUCCAAUGGUUGGCUGGAAGCUAGGAGUCCUAGAGUCUCUGAACCUCACUCUCGUUGUUGGGCUGGCUGUGGAUUAUGUCGUGCACUUGGCCGAAGGUUACGUCACGUGCCCAUUCCAAUCAAGACAAGAGAAGGUCAAGCACGCGCUUGAACAUGUUGGAAUCUCAGUGAUAUCAGGCGCUUGUACGACACUUGGAGCUGCUGCCUUCAUGUUUGCAGCCAAAAUACUCUUCUUCUUCCAGUUCGGGAUUUUUAUAUUCUGUACUAUUGGACUGUCUUUGGUCUUUUCUCUGUUCUUCUUCGUGACGUUGCUAGGAAUAUUGGGACCACAAGGAACAACUGGAUCUAUAAAACCCUGGUAUAGGUACAUAAAAGACAAGAUAAAAGGGAAAAAAGCUGGUGAUAUGCAAUGCGCAAGGUGUGAUGGUAAAGGGUUCUACUCCUCAGAUAACCAGACUGGCCAAUCACAGAACAACAACCUCGAAAAGAGUGCACAUACUUAGAAAAUGAGAAAUUUGGUGUUAAACGUGGUGAAUUGUGUAUAAAAAGAUCUGAAUGAAAAGUUAUUGUAAAUAAUGUACAUUUAUAACACUCUAAUGUCGAUUCUGUAAUGAUUUUGCCGAGUUCACAUAUUUAGGUGCAUGUGACGUCGUGUGAUUGUAAAUAAUGUACAUUGAUAACACUCUAAUGUCGAUUCUGUAAUGGUUUUGCCGAGUUCACAUAUUUAGGUGCAUGUGACGUCGUGUGAUUGUAAAUAAUGGAAAUUGAUAAUAGUCUAAUGUCGAUGCUGUAGGAUUUUGCAGAGUUAACUUAUUAUUUGAGUGCUUGUGACGUUGGGUGAUCGUAAAUUCAACGGACCUUUACUGGAAUGCUUAAAUAUCCAAAUAAAUUCCAUACAAAAUCCAGGCUAACACGACAGAGAAUUCAAGACUAAAGUAUUCUUGGGAUGUUGCAUGUGACGUCAUCGCCGCCAUUUUGGAUGACUUUAACCAAGACUUGGUUUCUUUGUUAUGUCACCCAGCAUGACAGCCAUGCCUUUUGUCCUUUUAUUGUUAAAGCAAUGGAGGGACACCAAGAAUAACUUUUUAAAAAUUGGCGCUGCUGGCCGGCGUUGUGUUGUUUACUUGUGAGAAUUUAAUUAAAUUUCAAAAUUAAUUUGAAAUCGCACGGGACGCCGAUCCAGUCAAUAUUUUCAUCAUUUAUUUCAUGGCUUAUUGUAUUUUUAUUGUGGUCUUUGAAUUUGCUUUUAUGGUAAUCAUAUUUAAUUUUUGGUGGGACUGAAUUUGCUUUUGAAGCAGCCGAAUUUACUUUUAUUCUCUACUUUCACAUCCCCAUAAUGCCUUGCGUCUUUGGGGGAUAACCAAUCAAAAACCUGUCCCAAAUUGAAAGGUUUCUUAAUUGAAUUUAUGCUAUAUAUAACUGCUUUUAUCUGUACAAUACUGAUUAUCAGUUUAUUCCGAGUUUUAGUCUUACAGAAAAUUUAUUGACUUACGAAAAAAUGUUUAAAAUUUACCUUAAACGUCU